AUGGCUGACAAUACGGCACAAACUGCAACUUCAAACUUUACACUGGAGGACGAAGAUAUCUACCUUCGGAUCAUUAGUAUUCCCGGAUUCUGGUUGACUUUAGCUGUUAUUGGCUUCGCAUUAUCUGCAGUUACUGUGAUUUCAAAUGGCAUCUUGAUCCUCGUGAUUUACAAGAAUCCUCAGAGAUCGUUUCGCUCGCCUCCAAAUUUCCUCAUCGCCAAUUUGAGUGCGUCUGAAUUUCUUCUUGGAAUUUUUGUUGUAUAUUUAGUGGCUUUGAGGGAUUUGUUCCGAUAUUUUAGGGUAGCUGUGCCGUAUGUGGGUGUCUUCAGGAAUGCCAUCUACAUAGUGCUUUCUGCAACAUUAUUGGUGGGCAGUACCACCAUCGUUGCUUUGUCAAUUACUUGCUAUGUUGCCGUCAACAAACCGAUGAUGUACAAAACCAGGCUCACUGCAGAAAGAAUGAAGAUUCUAAUUAGCUUUAUAUGGAUUGCUGCUCUCCUAAUUUCCCUUUUUCCUGCAACAGAGUUACCCGAAAGGAUGUAUUCGCUAGUUUAUCUCCACACACAUGUUUCGCUACCGGCCAUAUUGCUACUGGUUGUGUACAUGAACGUAUUUCGGGCGCAUUCCAGGCGAACUCAAGAGGUUUACCGUAGCCUCAAAGACUCGUCAGGGAUACGGAGGAGACAGAUUGCGGCUCGGGAAAGAAAUAUGCUUGUCGUUGUGGUGACUAUUCUUGCCUUGUUCUUCAUCACAUACAUUCCACAGUAUAUCACUCUUCAUUUAUCGCAUUUUUGCAAAAGCUGCCGAGAUUCUAUUGCAUUCCAUCAAAUUGACAUCAUCUCUUCUCGUUUCUUGUUUCUCAGUUCCGCGAUUGAUCCAUUUAUGUACGCUUGGAGGAUCAAAAAAUAUCGCCAGGCUUUGAAAAAUUGUUUGAAAAAUCUGUUCAUCAUCGGAGGCUCACGAAGCAUGUCAAGAUCAACUGGACGAACUCUCUUUGCCGGGAAAAAGUUUAAAGAUAGUGAUAAUUAUUUCCCAAGUCCAAUUCAUUGA